AUGAAUUCCUUUCUCUCCCCCACUCCAUACAUUCCCAACCGCAUUCCUGACCCCUUGUACGUUAGAAUACUUGACACCACCCUCCGCGACGGUGAGCAAUCCGCCGGAGCUUCCCUGAACUCGAAGCAGAAGCUCGAGAUAGCACGGCAGCUCGCAAAGCUUGGUGUUGACGUCAUCGAUGCCGGAUUCCCUGCCUCUUCAAAAGAUGACUUCCAUGCCGUGAAGAUCAUAGCUCAAGAGGUUGGCAACGCCGUCGCUGACGACGGGUACGUGCCGGCGAUAUCCGCGGCUUGCAGGUGUACCGAGAAUGAUAUUAGGAGUGCAUGGGAGGCUGUGAAGUAUGCGAAGAGGCCGAGGAUUCAGACGUUCAUAGCGACCAGUGGGAUUCAUAUGAAGUAUAAGUUGAAAAAGACGAAGGAAGAAGUCAUUGAGACUGGCCGGAGAAUGGUAGAGUUUGCUCGGAGUUUAGGCUGUGAAGAUGUAGGGUUUUGUGCAGAAGAUGCUGCCAGGUCGAAGAGGGAGUUUCUUUAUGAAAUAUUCGGAGAAGUAAUAAAGGCAGGAGCAACGACGGUGAUCGUAGCAGACACAGUGGGAAUAAGUAUGCCAAGUGAAUAUGGCAAAUUAAUUGCUGCCAUCAAAGCCAAUACUCCUGGAAUUCAAAAUGCCAUUAUUGCUUCCCAUUGCCACAAUGAUCUUGGCCUCGCCACUGCUAAUACCAUAGAGGGUGCAUGUGGUGGCGCAAGGCAAUUGGAAGUAACAAUUAAUGGGAUUGGUGAAAGGGCUGGUAAUGCAUCCUUAGAAGAGGUUGUAAUGAUCUUGAAAUGUGGAGCGUAUCAUGUGCUUGGCGGACUCUAUUCAAGGAUCAAUACUCGACAAAUAUUUACCACAAGCAAAAUGGUUGAAGAGUAUACUGGGUUGCAUGUACAGCCAAACAAGGCACUUGUAGGGGCUAAUGCGUUUUCUCACGAAAGUGGGAUUCACCAGGAUGGAAUGCUAAAAUAUAAAGGUACAUAUGAAAUCAUAUGUCCCGAGGAUGUUGGGUUUGAAAGAGCCGACGAAGAUGGAAUUGUAUUGGGGAAGCUUAGUGGACGUCAUGGCUUGAGAAAGCGACUUGAAGAGAUGGGUUACGAGCUUGAAGAUGAGCAAAUUGAUGCCAUGUUUUGGAGUUUUAAAGCAUUGGCUGAGCGAAAAAAGAGAGUUUCCGAUGCUGACCUCAAGGCAUUGGUAUCGAAUGGAGUUUCUCAGACAAAGCAUUAG